ACAAUAGCAGGCUAAAACGCGCGAGUGGAAAAUAUUGCGUCGUAGUGGACAUUUUCACGGGACAAUUGUGUCUUACAGCCUACAUAAAAUGACCAGAAAAAUGCCCAAGUCAUUUAUGCACAGUUGGUUAAAUUAUUAAUGUUGUGUUGGGUUUUGUAUAAACGCGUCGUUAUCUCUAACUAGUAAGUUAGUAUCCAUUGAAGGCCAUGGCAAGUGCAUCCAGCGCGAACCUGAACGCAGUCCGGGAGACUAUGGACGUGUUACUGGAGAUCUCCAGGUUGCUCAACACUGGUUUAGACAUGGAGACUUUGUCCAUUUGUGUGAGAUUGUGCGAGCAGGGCAUAAACCCAGAAGCGCUGUCGUCUGUCAUCAAGGAGCUGAGGAAAGCCUCCGAGACCCUCAAGGCACCUGAGAACUGCACAAAUGGAUGAACCCUUCACUUGGGUGGUUUUAACUGGAAUUCACGUGUUUGUUUGUUUUUUAGCCCUAACCAUGGAAACUGCAGCCAUUUUGUCCUCACGCUCUUCCACCUGUCCUGGCUUUGGAUGCAGAUGUCAAUCAAUCUGGAUGUUUUUCCCUUAAGAGCACUAUCAGCUUGAUGUAAGCAAACACAUGACAUUUGUUAUAAUCCAUUUUUUGUUUCGUUUUAAAUGUUGGAAAAAUUUCCUUUUGGAUUUUUUUUAUAAAGUUUGUAAACCUCCAUCAUGUCUAACUCUAAAGAACAAUCAAAAGCCACUAGAUGGUGCUGUAACACUUUUUUUGUACAGUAAUUGCAUUUUUUUUUAUGUUCAGGUUCAAAAUGGACAACAACCACGUGUAGAGAUUAAAAGUGAAACAUCUGUAGUGUUUACAAAUCAUUUUAAGUAUUACACAGAUGGAAAACUGCAAAGUUUUUUCAUGUUGCAAUAGUUAAAUGCAUUUAAAAAAAAAAACAAUCUUGAAUAAAACAUUUCAUAAAACA